AUGCAUCUUUGGUCCUUCCUUGGCGGCAUAUCCGCGAUUGGCGGGGUAACACUGGCCCAUGUCAGCCCCAGUGAGAUGGAUAAUUUCAAUAUAGCGAGCGCGUUGGAGCACCUGGGUGUGGAAGUGUGGAAGAUUCCCGCAUUGCAGUCAUUCUCUGGCGUUCAAUCGCGCUCAACCGAAAAUGCUUGUUCCGCUGCGUGCGCAAGUUUGAACUUCGUUUUCGGAUCCAAGGUCUCAGCGCAAGAUACUGCCGGGUACAGUAACUUCACUGGCUCAUUCUGGUCUGUGCAGCAAGAAGAGGUCCAGCCUCACUGCGUCUUCCGUCCUACCGUAAAUACGGAGGUCAGCAUUGCUGUUUUGCUCUCUCGUUUUACAGGGUGUGAGUUUGCUGCUAGGAGUGGUGGCCAUGCUGCAUUUACAGGUGCCUCCAGUAGUCCUGGUGGAAUUAGUAUUUGGUUUAAGGAUAUGAAUGAAGUCACCCUCAAUGAGGACAAGUCGGUCGCCUCUAUUGGACCUGGAAACAGUUGGGUAUCAGUUUACUCCGCACUCGAACCCUAUGGACUGGCUGCUGUCGGAGGCCGUGCUGCUAGUAUUGGAGUUGGAGGUUUCGUUUUAGGAGGUGGAAUCUCCUACCACUCAAACCUUUAUGGGUGGGCCUGUGAUAAUGUGGAAAGCUUCGAGGUCGUUACCGCCAGUGGUUUGAUCAUAACCGCAAGUGAGAGUUCGUACCCUGACCUAUAUUGGGCUCUUCGUGGUGGCGGCAACAACUUUGGCCUUGUUACCAAGUACAACCUCUACACUAUCCCCUGCCCAGAGAUGUAUGGAGGUGCUCGAACCUUCCUCCAGACCGAGUUUAAGGAGGUUAUCAACGCCUUCAUCAAUGUCAUCAACAAUGCCUCCGUGGACGGUCAUGCACAACAAUAUGUUGCCUUCCUUCAGGUCAACGGGACCAAUCUUGCCUCGGCUGAGUUGACAUACACCCUGAAUGUCGCCAAUCCAGAGAUUUUCAAGCAGUACAGAAGCAUUCCUGCAGUCUCCGACACAUCGAGCUCCAAGACCUUAGUUCAGUACGUGGAAUACCUCGAGACCGACAACCCAUUCGGCCUUCGUGAAGUGUACUGGCCGAUCACCGUGCACAUGGACGAGGACUUUCUCAACUGGGUCGUGAAAACUUUCUACUCGAUGAUUCCGCAAGUGGCCCAUGUCAGCGGUGCCAUGCCCGUGAUCAUCUACCAGGGAAUAACCGAGCCGAUCUUGAAGAAGAUGACCAAUUACGGCGGUAAUGCUCUCGGACUGAAAGCUUCUACUGGUCCCAUCAUUCUCAUGCACGUCUCGUGCUGGUGGACCAAUGAGUCUGACGACAACACCGUCUAUGAGUUCAUCAACAGCUUCUGGGAUAAGGUCAUUGCACAGGCCAAGAGCUUGGGCGUCGACAACGAUUAUAUCUACAUGAACUAUGCCAGCAUGUUCCAGGAUCCCGUUGCUGGCUACGGAGAUGCUAAUAAGGCUCUUCUGAAGAAGAUUGCGAAGAAUUACGACCCGGCGGCGGUUUACCAAACUCUGCAGCCGGGAUACUUCAAGCUCAAUGGUGCUCCCGUAACAGACUCGUUCUAG